AUGUCGAAUCCAGGGCCCAUGUCGCCGGUGAACCAACCCUUCGAGGUCCGCCUUCUCGAGUUCUCCAGACGGUAUCCGCGGUUCUGGAGUUUUGCGUCUGGGACAGUAUGCGUUGGUAUGACACUAAUCGCGAAGGGUUGGUUGAAGACGCAGAGGUCUGUUGAGGUGGGAGGGAUGGAGAGGUUUGAGAAGAUCCUGGCGAGCCGGGAGGCUGAAGGUCGAGGGGUGAUUACAGUAUCAAAUCAUAUUUCAACCGUCGAUGAUCCUCUACUGUGGGGUACCCUACCACUUCGCACGGUCUUCAAGGGACCAUCAUACAGCAGAUACUCUCUAGGCUCAGCGGAUAUCUGUUACACAAACUCUACCCUCUCCACCUUCUUCUCCCUCGGUCAAACACUCCCAACCUACCGCUUCGGCCAGUACGGUCCCUUUCAACCCUCAAUAUCACGAGCGAUUCACCUCCUCUCACCUGAAUACCCCACAUCAUCCUCAAAACCAAAGAUCAAGCGAAUACCAUCCCUCGUUCAUGUCUUCCCAGAAGGCAAGAUCCGACAACACCCAGACAGAGAAAUGCGAUACUUCAAAUGGGGUAUAUCACGCAUGAUCCUCGAAUCAUGUAUACCACCAGACGUCAGUCCGGACAAACCGCUUCCGCCACCGCCAAUUGUGGUACCGAUCUUCUUUACGGGGUUGGAUGAUGUCAUGCACGAGAAUCGAAAACGGCCUAGGUUUCUGCCGAGGAUGAGGAAGGAUAUCAAGUUUACGUUUGGAGAGCCAUUGCCGGAUGAGAUGUGGACGGGGUAUAGGCAGAGGUGGGCGGAGAUGUGUGCGGCGCAUAACUAUCGGUCAACGUUUGGGAAGGAGAAGUUGGUUGAUUUCUCGGACAAAGAGAUUCCGGAAGAACUGAAGAAUGGAGAGGAGGCGAAGGCGAUGAGAAGUGAGAUUGCUGCGGUGAUCAGAGAAGAGGUGGUGAAACUACGCAGGGGGAUGGGAUUGCCGGAGGAGGACCCAAAUGCAAAGGUGGUUGGUGCGAAGCUGACGAACGGAUGGGGUGACGAGUCCGAUAUCAUUGAGAAAGAGCCACCAGUCGUAUGA